GUCUCAGGUCGUCCGCUUCUCCGCGGAGAGGGGCGGUUGGCGUGGACUCCAUUGUUCGGGCUCGAGGGCGCCAUGAGGGACCCGCUGUUGGAGCCCGGUGUUGUUCGCUGUGGGUUGGGAUUGAGUCGUCCAGUGAGGAGGGGUGACCGAGGCCGUGGCCGUGGCGGGCGCUUCGGUUCCAGAGGAGGCCCCGGAGGAGGGUUCAGGCCCUUUGUGCCGCAUAUUCCAUUUGAUUUCUAUUUGUGUGAAAUGGCCUUUCCCCGGGUCAAGCCGGCACCGGAUGAAACUUCCUUCAGCGAGGCCUUGCUGAAGAGGAAUCAGGACCUUGCUCCUAAUUCUGCUGAACAGGCCUCCAUCCUUUCCUUGGUGACGAAAAUAAAUAAUGUGAUUGACAAUUUGAUUGUGGCUCCAGGGACAUUUGAAGUGCAAAUUGAAGAAGUCCGACAGGUGGGAUCAUAUAAAAAGGGAACAAUGACGACAGGACACAACGUGGCUGACCUGGUGGUAAUCCUAAAGAUUCUGCCAACGUUGGAAGCUGUUGCUGCCCUGGGGAACAAAGUUGUGGAAAGCCUUAGAGCACAAGAUCCUUCUGAAGUUUUGACCAUGCUGACCAAUGAAACUGGCUUUGAGAUUAGUUCCUCUGAUGCUACAGUGAAGAUUCUCAUUACAACAGUGCCACCAAAUCUCCGAAAACUGGACCCAGAACUCCAUUUGGAUAUCAAGGUGUUGCAGAGUGCCUUAGCAGCCAUCAGACACGCCCGCUGGUUUGAAGAAAAUGCUUCUCAGUCCACAGUUAAAGUUCUCAUCAGACUGCUGAAGGACCUGAGAAUUCGUUUUCCUGGCUUUGAGCCCCUCACUCCCUGGAUCCUUGACUUACUGGGGCACUAUGCUGUGAUGAACAAUCCUACCAGACAGCCUUUGGCCCUAAACGUGGCAUACAGGCGUUGCUUACAGAUCCUGGCCGCAGGACUGUUCCUUCCAGGGUCAGUGGGGAUCACAGACCCCUGUGAGAGUGGCAACUUCAGGGUACACACAGUCAUGACUCUGGAACAGCAGGACAUGGUGUGCUACACAGCUCAGACUCUGGUCCGAAUCCUCUCACAUGGUGGUUUUCGGAAGAUUCUUGGCCAGGAGGGGGACGCCAGCUAUCUUGCUUCUGAAAUCUCUACCUGGGAUGGAGUGAUAGUGACACCUUCAGAAAAGGCUUAUGAGAAGCCACCAGAGAAGAAGGAAGGAGAAGAGGAGGAGGAGAAUACAGAAGAACCACCUCAAGGAGAGGAAGAGGAAAGCAUGGAGACUCAGGAGUGACCUUCCUUUCUAUUUUCACCCCCUUGUCCAAGGUGAAGACUGGAGCCUAAGCUAACUGCUCCUGGGAUUUACGUGGUGGCAUUUCUGAGGGAAAGGGGAGACCGGAAGGAAAGGAAACUAGAAAAGUGUCAUUCCACUGGGUUCCGGUUAGCUUAAUAGCCUGAAGUCUCCCAUUUAUGACCUAUGCCACCAUCUGCAGUGACGCAGGAGACCAGCUGUUCUUCCUAAGACUUCAGAGUCCCUAGGUCCUGGAAGCCUCUCCAACAGUACAUUGUUGAAAUAUUGUGAACUGUUAGUGUCUGGAUUUUUUUUUUCCCCUAAGAAAAAUGAUUAAAGUACUUUCUCUGAGG